AACUGCCACAUAUCUAGAGUUAGACCCCGAUCCGGGACGCGGGAACCCACCUUUUGGAUCCUUACCAGCUUGCUAUUUGAGUUGUUUCAGCUUCAUGCUUCGCAAGUCUCUCUUCCUCCCUCCUUUACGACUGACUUCUUCCGCUUCCCUGGCACCGGCUGCUCCUCUUGGAUUUUCUCACUGCUAGUUGCUCGGGUUGCACACUCUCACCUCUUUCUCUCCUUCUCCGUCUGCUGUCUGGACCCGUUCGAAUUUUCAACAAGUCUUGGGAAUCCCGCAAUGUCACGCAUCCACUUCGACCGGGCUUAUCAAUUGUCCGGCGAUGACUCAUCUUCAAUAAUUUUGGCAACGCGACCAGCACGGCGGGCGGGUCCUCGAAUCCGACCUCAAUGUCCUCCAGGGUUCUUCUCUCGGACCCCCAUCGACCGCCCCUUCGAUUUUCACCACAGCAGCCUUCGACACUCACCCAUCGAGCACACUCGACGUGACCCCCAGCCCCGUCGCCACGGUCACGGUGACACAGAGCCAUAUCGGAACUUUUCUCGCAGUCGGGAUUUCCCUCGUCGUUCUCCUAAUAGCUCUGUUGUGCUUCGUAUACUGCUGCGGCGGCGUUCGCGCGCGACGGCAGACGUGGCGGAUGACGAAGAAAUCGAGCUCGGGAGCGUCCCGAAGAGACGCGCUGGGCGUGCCGGAGCUAUGCCCUCCGGUCGCUGAAGGGACGACGUGAUCUGGAGGCUGUUCUUACUAUUGCGCUGCGUUCGGUAGCUGAUUGGGGGAAUUGAUCAUGAUAACAGGUGCUGCGAUCCAACGCGAUCUGCCUGGACAUAAGGCCUAGACUGACUGUGAGACUUUGCACUGCCGUUUGGCUUAUCAUGGCCAUUGUCCUAUGGCGCAGCCGCCCAAAAAAAAUGGGCUGGAGGAUGAGCUUUCCAAAAUGAUGCGAUGAAGGAAAGCGCUACAUCGUGCCACUGAAAGGUGAAAACUCAGCCGGGUUUCCUCAUCUCAAACGGAGCCCCCCGAUCUCCGAGGGCAGGCGAUGUCACCACUACGUGCGACGACAUACGUUCAGCGUACGAAGGCGGUGGAUCCAACAUUGAGCCACUAUCAACAUCCGCUGUGGAUGCCAGU